GACUUAUUUAAAAACCCAGGGCCAUAAGGGCGUGAAUUGCUAGUCUUUAAAAAUAAGGCGAGAAAGCAUUGAACCUUAUGGACGGCUUCAUACACCUGGCCCGUUCGUGCAGGUAAAAGAAGGUAUGAAAUGACAAACUAGCCUUUUGUUUGCUGUACUUCCUUUCGGUUUUGGUAUAUUUGCAUACCUAAGUAGGUAGGGUCUCGGAAUUAUGUACAGAAGGUUUGCUUGAGGGCAAGUGUUUUUAAAAGCCAUUUUGCGAUUGGUAAGUUCAGUUUUAUUAAAACAAUUAAAUAGAAAUUUUUAACACCUCUUGGGUGACAAAAUGACGGUAAAUGGCGAACCUCAAACUAUACACCACAACAGAUGUGUCCCAGAUCUACCUCCUUCACCUGUUAAAAGGGAACCUGAACCUUUACCUCCAAUAUCCAAAAAACUUUUACCCAUUGCUGGGUUUUUUGUGGCCUUUGCAACUGUGAUGACCGUCCUAAUACUCUACAUGGAUAAUACAGCCAUGAAACACUACCAAUUUACGUUAAAUUUGAACAAAGACAUAGAACUAAAUGAUAUAGCACAAGAUGAUCCACAACUUAUUGUUUAUUUGAAGCAAGUUGCCCUUUCUCCGGCCAUAGAGCCCCAUCACAAGCCCCUGCAGCCUCAAACUGGAAUCUCAUAUGAUACUGAAUAUGUCCUAAAAUUGCUUAAUAAUAAGAAAGACGGCGUAUUCGUGGAAGCCGGCGCUUAUAGCGACGGUAAAACGUCUAAAACAGAAGCUCUCGAGCGCAAAUACAACUGGAAGGGGCUCCUAAUCCAGCCAGAUCCUCGUCACUAUUUCAAUCUGAGAAGGCACAACCGAGUGAGAUCGCAAGCGGUUCAUGCUUGUUUAAGUCCGAUGCCUUAUCCGAGAGAAGUGACCUUACAUCAAGAGACUGACGGUGUAAAAAUUAACAGCGUCUAUUCGAACAGUCUCGAGGAUCCCGACUGGCUCGUGACACGAGUCAAAUGCUUCCCCAUCUACUCUUUAUUGCUCGCAAUGAACGUUACAUCGGUGGAUUACUUUAGUUUGCAGUCUGAGGGUACUGAACUUCAGGUUUUGGAGACUAUUCCAUUCGAUAGGGUGAAAAUUGAAGUCAUAGGUGUGCAUUUGUUGACCAACGAUUCGGAAAAGAGUACAAUAAAGAAGUUUUUGUCCACAAAGCAGUUUACGUUGAUGGACACUUUUAAUAACACUUAUAUUUACAUGAUCAAUAGGGUGAAGAUUUAAUGUAAGCAACUGAAAGUGCUAGAAAGACUGAGUCGCGCAAAGUUUGCAUUGUAACCGCACCGUUCAAUUAUUAUUAAAAAACAUUGAGACUUAUUAGUUUAAAAGCUUCGAACAAAGAAUCAUUCCUAAACCUUUUACUUGAACGUUUUCAGCAGUGUAUCGUUUUUGGUUUUUUUUUUUUUGAAGCCAUAUUAUUCAAAAAAAUAUACCACCACCAAUUCCCCAAUUAAAAUCGUAUAUACGAAAAUGUUUAGGGCUCUAGUAGAGCGUCGUUAUUUAUAUUUAGUGCCUUGUGUAGCUAGCGUGUAGGUCCAAAUGUAAACGUUAGCAAUUACAUUCCCGAUAUUUGUUAUUACUUGCAUCAAGCCUCCUAGUAUCUAUUUUUUAUUUCGACCUUUGUAAUAUUAUUUUUUUAUGAACAUUAAUAAAUAAACAUUUUCCUAA